AUGAGUGUCCACCACAAUGAAAAAGGCCAACGAUAUAUGGAACAGCUCGAUGCUGCGCGGACUGCUGCGGCUUGGAAAGAUGUGCCUGAGUUAAUACGAAAGGUCGCAAAGCACGCUUCUGAUCGCAAACGCUUACUACAGGUCGCAAGGGCUGAACUCGAUGUUGCCAACUCUAUAUCCUCCUCGACUCGCAGACCCAAUACUUCCGACUCCGCACAACCUUCUCUCCAAUCUCUUUCCUCGCUGGAAGCAGACAUCAAGACUGCGGAGCAUUCGGACGAAGAGGGACUCCAAGGAAAAUCAUGCUUGCUUUGGGCGAGAUGGAUAGGAACACAGCAGAAAGGCUCCAUCACUCCAGGACUGGGCUUUGAGCCCUCGCGAGCAGCUGCUGACGCGAGUUCCACUUGGACAAAGAUAUGUGUGGUGAAGGCUGUCUAUAUUCAGGGGAUGCUUCUAAGCCACGAUGGGCGGGCAAAACAGAGUAACGAUCUAUUCCAAACAAUCUUGCCAUGGCUGGACUCCAAUCGUAGCCUCGUGGUCUCCACACCACAGCUGCUUUACUGGGCGCAACAACUACUUGGGAGGGUGGCAUUGGGCACCAACCCACCAGACUCGGCUUCUAGUGCGGAGUUUAACGAUAUUUCGGAUUUCAGACUACAAGCUUUUCGCCAUUGGGCAGUUCUGACCGUGAAGAACAAGCCCGUUGCAAGCUCUAGUUAUGGCAAUACUCGCGGCCACUUGUCCAAUCUCGCGAUGUGGAGGGCAUAUUACAGAUUUGUAUCAGGGGUCUUACAUGGUCAGCCAGGAGCUGCUGAGUAUGUUACAAUCACUCCGUCCGAUCUGGCUGUGGAGAUUCGUCGGGUGGAGACGUCUUACGAAAGCGAGCUCCUUCGGCAUGUGCAGUUCCCAAAGGCGACUGAAUCAAACAAGCCAGUGGAAGACUGGGUCGAGGAGGUUGUCUCAAAUUGGCAGAUAUUGUGUGGCCCGGACUGGACGGAAUCUGAUCUUGGUCAAGGCGGCCGCAAUUCCUUUGGCAGAAAUGUGGUGGACAUUUUAUAUCGUGCAGCUACCAAAACGUUCCACUCGACACUCAUUCUCCGGAGACUGUUCCAACUUCACAAAUCUCUUGCCGAUUUUGACCUUGCUUAUAAAGCUCUCGACACCUAUAUUGAACUGAUGGACAGGGGAAGAGCAAGGGCUGCCAAGUCCAAUGAACUCGAUCUAGGACAAGACACCAACGAGCUGUUUCUGCAAACGAUUGCUGAGGGCAUUGAAGGGCUUUGUUCUCAAGGGGCGCAUGCAGAGGCUGAAAAAGCAUAUGGUUUGUGCCUCAAAGUUGAGGACAUUCUCGAUGAGCUUGCAUUGCCGGUAUCUGACAUAACAGCAAAUGGAGUGCCGGGUGUGAAUGGACGAGUGAAUGGAGAACAACAUUCGCAAACGUCCUUGCCGCCUGUCGUGGCUGAUAGUGUCUAUCGUGCUAUUGGUGUGGGAAAGUCUCAAUGGGCACGGUGGACUCCUUUCAGCGAGAAUCGAAGCUCUUUGCAAUCCGAGGCUAUCGAGGCUCUUCAUCGUGCAGCCUCACUUCAUCUAUCCCCCUCUCAGCAUUUGAAAACACUUUUUGCACUGGCUCGCCUGCUUGCGGAGACUCGAGAAAUUGACCAGUCAAUAGCGAUUGUGAAGAGAGCACUCGCGUCUCGAUUACCGGAGAAUGACGUGGAUGACUCAUAUCGAAUACAGAGAGAUCUCAUACCGUUCUGGCAUUUGCUUUCUUUGUUGCUUACGUCAAGACAAGAUUUUAGAACAGCGGGACAGAGCUGUGCAGCGGCAUUUGAGCAAUUCGUCCCAUCCAGUAUCAUAUUUGGAACUCCUUCGGACGGGUCGUUUGUCGCCGAGAAGAAAGUGUUUGAGGCCCGAAAGAGCGGGCUUGUUGACAACAUGGAAGGCGAUGAGUUGAGAAGGAUCAUCGAAAUCCGAAUCACCGAACUCGCAUUGACGGAGUUGAAUGAAGGCCACGAGCACGCGGUGAAUAGCUGUAACGACUUAUUAGGGCUAUACUCGCGCUUGUUCGGGCGAUUGGGCGGUCUCACGAGUCCUGAUAACACUUCAAGAACAAAGUUGGCGCAACCCCCAAAAAGCUCUGCGGGAACUGUGAAAAGUUCACGUGCUAGCCUUUUCUCAAGGAGGAAGGUACCGCAAACAAAUGAUGUGCAUACUGCCCCGAGGACGACCAAAGAUUCAUCCAUCCCAGAAGAGGCGACUCGUCCAAACACACGAGCUACGCAGGCGACCGAUGCGCCAACUAUUCAUGUCACUGAUGAGGAUGACGUGCCAUCCCCGCACAAGCACCACUUGUUCAGGGCAUCACAUGAGCACAAUAGAGAUGGGAAGCAUGACUCGAGUGGCAAAUCGCAAACACAUCGGAGUCGACACCGUCUAUCACGGUCGAGGAGCGGCAGCAGGAAUGAAGAACGGACAGGUCAUGGAUCUCGUCCAACGAACAAAGAGAAGGAUCCGACGUCAACAGCCCCUGCGGGACCUCCCCUAUCAGAGCUAGACAAGCUUUCAUCGAAGGAAGUUCCUGGAGUAUCCCCUGAAACAGGUCAUGAUACGAGUGAUGAAGCCAAACAGCCAUUGAAAGCCGUACCACAUAACUUGGGGUCACAUGAAGAAGUGCCACUCCCUGUCAAGCACGAUGGACAGCCACCCGAGCAGGAUGUCAGAUUGCCAGUCGGGCGAUCAAAGUACUCUGCAGGAGAGUUGGCAACUCGAUUCCCGCGAGAAGUAGCACAAAAACAGGCGUGGACUGUUUUGAUCAAAAUCUGGUUGGUGAUUGCCACGCUCUACCGGAGGGCAAAAAUGUUUGAGGAUUCUCGAGAAGCGUGUGACGAGGCGGCCAAAGUAGCACUUCGAGUCGAAACUUUGAUUGCAGGUGUCGAGAGUUCAGCGCGAGCUUUUCGUCAGUCGGGCUGGGGAAGUGGGGGCAAGAGCUCGGACGAACUGUGGGCCGAUGUCUACUACGAACGUGGGGAGCUGCUUCUGGCAAUUGCUCAUGAGCGCGAGGAAAAGGAGGGAGGCGAUGUUUCUCCAGGGGUUCGAGAAGCAGUGGAGCAGUAUGAGCAGUGUUUGAUGUAUUUUCAUGAUCACGCAGGAGGAAUUGUGGGUCUCAGCAACGUUCUGCUGGACUACUACGAACGAAAGGUCGACCUUGCAAAGAGAGUUGACGGAGCCACCUCACAAUGGGGCAAGGGGAGUCCUGCAAAUGGGGAAGAGCAUGUUGAAGCUCGACCCAGAAGACAUCGACAAGACAUAUCCCGACUUUCGGUCGAUGAAACCGGUGCCAACGGUAAUCUGGAGAACAUGAUCGGCUCGAGCAGCCACUCACAGACGGUCAAGGACGAUGAGCUUAAGAAGACACCGGAAAAUCUCAAUCGUCUCGCCGCUCGAGAUCGGGCGUAUGGACUCCUCACGACACUGACCAAAUUGGGGACUGGAUGGGAUAGCUCAGAGGCAUGGCUUGCAUUGGCCAGAGCCAACGAAUUGGGAGGAGAAGUUGACAAGGCAAAAGAAAUUCUAUGGUGGUGUGUCGAGUUGGAGGAUACACGACCAAUCCGGCAUUGGACCAACAUUGGAGGUGGUUAUGUGCUUUGA